GUUUGGUGAUAAAAAUAAUAGUUUUUUCGCUCGAUUUUAUCCGAUUCGGUUCAUCCGAUUUGUUUUUACGGUUCGCGCGUAAUAAAUUCAGGUUUAAACAUUAAUAGUUAUUGGGAAAAAAAUGUCGGACGAACCAACCAAACGCGGCCGUAAAGCUGAAAAGAAAACGGAAAAGAUUGAAGUUGAAAAAGAAUCGAAAAAACGGCCCCGCAAGGAGACCAAGCCCGUCGAAAGUGGUGCCGGCGACACUGAAGAUGGGGCUACACCGGUGAAACGAGGCAGGGGGCGGCCGAAAGGCUCCACCAAAAAGAAAAACGCUCACGGUGCCGCCAAAGUCACCAAACCAAAAGGACUAGGGCGGAGAGGAAGACCUAAACGUGAAGAAGCUAAGGAAUCGGCGGAAGAAGAUGGUGAAGAAAAUGAUGCUAACGAAGAAGAAGACGAUGAUUAGAUUUCUUUAACCGUAAAGUAAAAAAUUUUAACAGCCAACGAUAGGCGAAUCGUCCCUCAUUAAUUUUCUUUGUAUUACUUUACUAUUUAUAUCAAUCUUUUCGUGUUCUCAAAUUGGAAUGAUAAUUUAUUUUCUUUUUGUUCGUAAUCAUCACUUUCGGGCACUAAUUCUUCCGUUGCCAUUGCGUUAUUAGUUUCUUUUACCGUUUAAGAAUCUUAUUAAGUGUAAAACGCGCCCCGUUGGUCUCUCGUAAUUAUUUUAAUUCAAGGGACUCUAAAAUAAAAUUUAUAUGUUUAGUUGUAAGAAAUAGUUGGAACAAAAUCGACGAAAUGUCUUUUGUUACUCCCAUUAUGUGUAUCUAUUCUAGUAAGGAUCUAUCUGAAAUCGUGUAAAACUCAUUUUUUUCAAUAAAAAUCAUUAAACCACAA